UCGGAGAUUUCUCGAUCGAAAGGGAGCUUCUCCAAACCCUAGCAAUGGCGGAGAACCUCUUCCAAGGCUUGCCACCCCCUUCUUCCGCUCCAUCCGUGGAGGUGGAGAAGCCCUUGCCUUCUACUAAGCCCGCAGCGUCUCCGGCUCCAGCUCUACCCCCUGUCCCCGCCCUCAAGAGCGCACUCAAACGGAAUAAGCCCUUGGAAUCCCAACAAGAAGCGGAAGCGCCCCAGAAGCGGUUGCGAUUCAAAACAUCGGUGGAUGCAUCCGAGAAACAAGUUAUAGAAGCAAUGCAGAAGAUUGCUUCGCAUAUAAAAAAUCCUUCAAAGUUCAGUAAGGCUGCAAAGCUUGCUGUGCAAUUGGUACAAGCCGGAAGUGUGAAGCUGGGAACCAGUAACCAUUUUUUUGCUAUAUUGGAAGCAGCAAUGUCUUCGUCUUCUGCGCCAACAGAUCCUUCAGUAAGAGCAGAUUAUCAUGCUUUGUUCUCUGCUGCUCAAGAUGUCACUGAGAGCUUUACCAAACAGCAGAAUGAUCAACUGACAACAUGGAUUAUGAGAGCUGUGAUGGCAAAUGAUUUUUACACUGAUGACAGCUUUAUUUUUUCUAAAACAGCAGGCAAAAUUAAAGAAGCCAUAUCUAGUCUUCCGUUGGCAACUAAAGAUGAUGACGAUGAGGAAGCAGCAACUCUCGCAGAAGCUGAGAAAAAAGCAGAGGCUGAAGCAAAUCACAAUCCAGAGGAGGGUAACCAAUCAUCUGCUUUUGAUGAAUCAAACAAAGAAUCUUCUGAUCCUUUUGGUUUGGAUGCUCUACUUCCAAGCACAUCGAGGAAAGAUGAAAAAUCCCGAGAAAAGGCAGUGGCAUUUUUGAACAGGCAAACAGAUGAAGAAGAAUCAAAGAGAUUUAUAAAGUCAAAGAGGGAAGCUUUGCUUCUAUGCUUGGAGAUCUCAGCUCGCCGUUACAAGAUACCAUGGGCACAAACUGUAAUCGACAUCUUAGUUAAGCAUGCUUUUGACAGCAUAGACAGGUUCACACAUUGCCAAAGAGACGCAAUCAGUAAGCUCUGGCAUUCCAUAAACGAGCAACAUAUUAGAAGAAAGCAAGGAAAAUCAGUUACCGGAAAACUUGAUAUGAAUGCAUUUGAAUGGCUCCAGGAGAAGUAUGCCAAUGAGAAGAUAAGCAUCCGGCGUGCCGUCGGAGAUGGAGGUUCCCGUCGAGCAGAACAAUGGCUUGGCUAAGUGUUCUCUGCUGUUCUUUAUCAACACUUGUAAUCAAAUCAAACUCUUCAUCUAUUUUAGAUGCUCUUGUUACAUUGUUGAAGUGGAAAUCAUGUUCUGAAACAAUACCUUUUUACAAUGUUGGUUUUACUGUCAACUUCUGUGAAAAGUUAGUUCACCUAAA